ACGAGCCGGAAAUGACGUAGCCUAGGCGCGGUGACAGAGAGUCGGAAGGCCGGGCUGGUUCCGUCUUUUCCAAGAUGGCUUCGCUGCUGCAGUCCGAACGCGUCUUGUACCUCGUCCGCGGCGAGAAGGAGAUCCGGAUGCCCCUCUCGCAGCUCUACUUCUGCCGCUACUGCAGCGAGCUCCGCUCCCUCGAGUGCGUCUCUCAUGAGGUGGAUUCUCAUUAUUGUCCCAGCUGCCUGGAAAAUAUGCCAUCAGCUGAAGCCAAGCUGAAGAAGAAUAGAUGUGCUAACUGUUUUGACUGCCCUUGCUGUAUGCACACACUUUCUACUCGAGCAACAAGCAUCCCUGCUCCACUCCCUGACGAUCCAGCCAAGACCACAAUGAAGAAAGCUUACUAUCUGGCCUGUGGAUUUUGCCGCUGGACUUCCAGAGAUGUUGGCAUGGCAGAUAAAUCAGUCGCCAGUGGAGGAUGGCAGGAGCCAGAGAAUCCUCAUACUCAAAAGAUUAACAAAUUGGUGGAGUAUUAUCAACAGCUGGCUCAGAAAGAGAAGAUGGAAAGGGAUCGUAAAAAACUUGUUCGACGCCGACCUUACAUGCCACUGGCUUUUUCACAACACACUAUACAUGUAGUGGAUAAAUAUGGUCUUGGAACCAGGCUGCAGCGUCAGAGACCUGGAGCUCCUAUCACUGCACUUACUGGACUUUCACUGAAAGAAGGAGAGGACCAGAAGGAGAUAAAAAUUGAACCUGCACAGGCUGUGGAGGAAGUGGAACCUCUACCUGAGGAUUAUUACACCAGACCCAUUAAUUUGACAGAAGUGACAACUCUGCGGCAACGUCUCCUACAGCCAGAUUUUCAGCCCAUCUGUGCUUCUCAGCUUUACCCUCGUCAUAAGCAUCUGCUGAUCAAACGCUCGCUAAGGUGCCGGAAAUGUGAACACAAUUUGAGUAAACCAGAGUUCAAUCCUACAUCUAUCAAAUUUAAAAUCCAGCUUGUAGCUGUCAACUACAUCCCAGAAGUGCGAAUCAUGUCCAUUCCCAAUCUACGCUACAUGAAGGAAAGUCAAGUUCUUCUAACUCUGACCAAUCCAGUGGAAAAUCUUACCCAUGUGACAUUGAAAGAAUGUGAGGAAGGUGAUCCAGAUGACAUUAAUAGCACUGCAAAGGUAGUGGUUCCUUCCAAGGAGUUGGUCCUGGCUGGCAAAGAUGCAGCAGCAGAAUAUGAUGAGCUGGCAGAACCUCAAGAUUUUCAGGAUGACCCUGACAUCAUAGCCUUCCGGAAAGCUAACAAGGUUGGAAUAUUCAUCAAGGUCACACCACAAAAAGAAGAGGGGGAAGUCACUGUAAGUUUUAAGAUGAAACAUGAGUUCAAAAACCUGGCUGCUCCAAUCCGGCCCACAGAAGAAAGUGAUCAGAGUUGUGAAGUCAUCUGGCUCACUCAUCACUUGGAGCUCAGUCUGGGUCCUUUACUUCCAUAAGGCUUGUGUGUAACUGGAUCCUAAAUAAUGGCCACACACUACACUAUGCCACUAUUGUAAAAGAACACAACGUGAUGGAAUGCUGAAGGCACUGCUUCAUAUAGGUUCUUUUGGAUGUGUGUUGGACGCACCCCAGGUUUGGCCCAAAAGAUCCAGAGGUGGAAUUAAAAGAGAAGAGCCACACUCCUGAGUGAUUGGUUCCUUCACUUUCCUCUCUGUAACAUCUCCUAUGUAAACUGGUGAUCUUAUCACUGUGCCACAUGUCUGGUCACCAUUACCGCACAAAGUUCACUGCGCACAUGUGUGGCCAUUUUGUCUUACUCCUGAAAUUGAACAAGAUUUCCUAUCAAAAACCUUAUACUGGCUUUCUUUGUGUUGGUUUAGCAAAGCUAGUAUUAGGUAAUGCCAAAAUAUCUCUUGUUUGUGGAAGGUUCUCUUCACAAUAAUUAUUCCAAGGCUGAAGUAACUUCUGAUAAAGCAGUGAAACAUGCAUCAGCAGCAUGACACACUAUUGCUUCCACCUUCUAUUGAACAUAUCACCUGUUCAGAACAGCACCCCAUAGCCUUUUACACAUGUAACCAAUUAAAAAAUUUAUGGGACAUUCUCUUGUUCUGUAAAAUUUAUUAGGGAAAGGUGGUUAUGUAAAAGUCAUUUGAUUGCAUCUUGGUAUUCUGAGGUUUGGCUGGCAUAAUACCUCUGCCACUUUAUAUGAUGGAAAAUGCAGGUUUAAAAUGAAACAGAAUACUUGGCACCCCAUGUAUAAAUUCUGCUAUAGUGUUUUACUAAAGCAGAGGUGCCACUGGAGGCUUGGGAUAGGAGACACUCAUUGGUGUUACUUCUUUAGGAAUAGAAUUAUUGACCAAAGAUAUUGGAUGGUUUUGGUGAGCGAGAUCACUUUUUUUUGCGUCUAAUUUUGAAACAUAAGACUUCUUGAGGAAAGUAGUUUCCCCAAACCACUGCAUUUUUGCACUUAGUACUUAAGACCGAUUUCCAUAUUAUAAGUGUAAGUGGAAUGGCUUUCAUAAGGCUUUCUUAGCAGGAAAUUGAAUAAAUAAAUGUUUUUAAAUUUGUUAAUUCCCUGAAACUUAGCUCACCGGAACCCUAAAUUCAGUAUUACUAUAAAUGUACUCACACAGACAUACGUAUAAAUGUUCCUACACAAGCUUCUCAGCUUUUUUUCUAGAUUACUUGGAAGAAAUGUGAUGAAACUCAGUGAACUGAUUUUUCUUCUUGUAAUUCUUGGCCUAAAUAAUAGAUGCAAAUAUGCUUUGAUGUAGCCUGGGAGUAAUAUGAAGAGGUACAUAUUGCAAUAUGAUGGCUUAUUCUGUAGAAUAAGACAAAAGGAAAAAGAGAAACGCAUUUCCCAGUUGGAUCAAAGUAUCUACUAGGGAAAUGCACUGAAGGCAGUUGGGAAAAAUGCUGUCCUUGUAGAUUGCAAGUUGUUCAGUGGUCUGUUUAAAUAGUCUUUAUUUGCAUCACAGUGCUUGGAUGAGGGUUGGAUUGAGGUUGCGUCUUUUCUGGUUUGUGCAAUGGGUGUGGGGGAAAAAAGAGAAGCUUGAUGUUCACAGGCUUACAUAGACUAUACACAUUGUAAAGCAUGAGUUUAAGAAGUCUAGCCAGUGUUUAUUAAAUGUGUAGUGUUUAGUGUCUGCUACUCUCAGUUUAUAAAAUAAGCUCAACUAACCCCUGGUUUAACCUCUCCAAAGCUAUUUUUUGGCUGAAAUAUUUUGAAAAAUUCAUUUGAUAGAGUUCAGUUGAAGUAAUGUACACUCGGGCUUCAUAAACCUAUAUAGGAAAGUUGGAUGUACUUCAGAGCCUUUUCUCCUUUUAAUCGAAUAACUGUUAAGAUGUAUUCUACAUACUUCUUCAGAAACAUCUCUGGCUCCUCACAAGAGGACACUGGAAGCACUCUGCCUUUGUCAAUAUUAAUAAAAUGACUGUGUUGCCUUACUGUUUAACUUAAUGUAGUGAACUUGAAAUAAAGAAGUAAACAAAACUGUU